UGCGACUCGUGGAGCGACGGUCAGUUCCCCUUUCGACCUCGCCCAGACUGCCCAGACGCUCACGACAGAUGCCUCAUAGGCUUUAUGCGGGUCCGUUACAUUGUUUGGCCGCUGGCUGAGUCUGUCCUCCGUGAUUCUCCUGGCAUUCCGCCAUAUUCUGGUUCCACAGGGCCCUAUUUUGCUGUGCUUGCCCAGGCUUUCGCUUCCACCAGGAACCACCAUGCCUCCUCAGUCGACCCCGCAGGAGCCCUUGCCUGUUCUCCAAAUGCUUGCCCGCUGGGGUCAUCGCCCACGACGAUACCUGGCUCAUCCGGCACUCAAUUUCCCUCCAAUAAAUGGCGGCAGCCCUGUGGGCAUUAGCUGCCCCAGCGACGUGGAUGACGGGCCAGUCUGCCAGUAUAAGAUGGCAGCAAAGGCGCGUCUCGGCAGCAUCUGCUCUGGAUGGCCUGGCCAGGGGGUCAGAGUCUGAGCAUUUCUCACUUGGAAACAGAUCAGUGCCAUGAGGCCCAUCUCGCUUGCUGUUGCAUCUUUGAUGCUGCAGCCCGGUAGCACUCUGUCGGUUUCCAACGACAGCGACACCGCUCCUCUCGUCACCACCAGAAAUGGGACGUAUCAAGGCCGCUAUCUGCCUGGCUACGACCAGGACCUGUUCCUUGGUAUGCCCUAUGCGCAGCCUCCCGUCGGAGACCUGCGUUUCAGGUGGCCUCGCAGCGUGAACGAAUCCUUCGACGGCGUUCGAGAUGCAUCUCAGUAUGGGUACAGCUGCAUGCAGUACCGCUCCAACUUCAACCUUUCCGAAGACUGUCUCACCCUCAACGUCAUCCGCCCGGCUGGCAACCAUACCGACUUACCUGUCUUGGUCUGGAUUUAUGGCGGCGGUCUUUACGCGGGUUCGACGGCAGACCCACAGUAUAACCUUAGCGGCAUCGUCAAGGUUAGCCAGGACAUGGGACAGCCUGUGAUCGCUGUCAGCAUGAAUUAUCGUCUCGGGAUGUGGGGCUUCCUGCAGACUCCCGCGCUGGUGGCUGAGGGAUCGAGCAACGCGGGCUUGAUUGAUCAAAGGCUGGCGCUGCAGUGGGUACAGGAAAAUGUCGGAGCUUUUGGAGGUGAUCCAGAACGGGUCGUCAUCUGGGGCGAGAGCGCCGGAGCCCAGAGCAUCGCAUAUCAUCUGCUUAGCCACGAGGGCCGCGACGAUGGGCUGUACCGCGGCGCUAUCCUCGAAAGCGGUGGGCCAACUGGUUGUCAGGUACAGGACUUGGCGUACUACACUGCUCCCGUGGAAAACCUGACGCGGACCGUGGGCUGUUACACCGCGAGUGAUCAACUUGCAUGCCUGCGCGGGCUUGGCCAGGACAAGCUUUUUGCGGCGUCGCCAUCACAGGUCUGGAAUCCCCUUGUCGAUGGGAGUUUCCUUACCGGAUAUCCAAGCACCCUCAUCCGCGAUGGCAAGUACAACGCCAUCCCCCUCCUCACCGGGACGAAUACGGACGAAGGCACCUCAUUUGGUCCGUCAGGGCCCAACACCGAGACAGAUCUUUUCAACGCCUUCUUAUGGUGGCGCAGCUAUGCUCUGUCGCCCCCAACAAUCCGGAAGUUCCUAGAGCUGUACCCGGAUGAUCCCUGCGUUGAGCCGCCACUCUAUAUCAAUAACUGCUCUGUCUUCCCAUCGAGAGGGCUGGCAUGGCGCAGGGGCGCCGCAAUAGGCGGCGACAUGGUGAUGCACUCUGGCCGGCGCAAGAUGUGCGAGGUCUAUGCUGGGGCCGCGGGACAGGACGUCUACUCGUACAGGUUCGACACGCGCCUGUGGAACAAAACGGAACUCGCCGGGAUCCAGCAUUUUGACAAUGUUGCCUUCAGCUUCCAGAACAUCACCGGGCUUCUAGGCCCAAGUCCGACGUAUGACAAUGACUUGAGGAUUGCGCGGUCCGUCGCCGUGGCCUACAUCAGCUUUGUACACAACCUUGACCCAAACCCCCCCAGCGCGUGGAACGUGGGGAAGAACGUGGACCUCCUGCCCCUGCCUACAUGGCCCAGAUAUAGUUUGGACGAGCCGACAAACAUGGUACUGAAUGCCACGGCUGGUCCUUUUGUGGAGGCGGACACGUGGAGGAAAGAAGGCAUUGCCUUCAUGAACACGUACGAGGUUGCAAGGGAGUUGCUAGCAUAGCUGGUGUCACCACGGAGAAAGCCCCUUGUUGCGCAAGUGGCUUCAUGACGGAACUUCCUGUCUGCGAAGACCGACCAUCGUCACCCAGUCAUCCCGACAGCUGGGGAGGUGGCUUUCUGCAGUGGCUCCUGCAGCGGCCCCGACAGCUGCUGCAAUGAGGAGCAGCCUGGCAGUUUGCGCGGCUGGCGGUCCAAUGGAUAGCUCGCCGACGAGAUACAAGGACGUCCCAAGCAUAGGACGGGCAUGCGCAGAUCUGCUGAGCCCAAUCUGAAGGCCGUGACCGUAGAACCCGCAAUUUCUACGAAACCCAAUUCAAAUAAACAUCAAUGUCCAUCAUCGAGUCUUUCAACUUUGCCAAACCUCCGAGGCCUUUGCACAACCUCUCGUGUGCGAGCUUCCAUGCAUGCCGGUGCUACGUGGUCUGCUCCUUGAUUGGAUAACUGCGAGGACGAAACACCGCUGCUUGUGCGGGUUGAAAGGGACAGGUCUAUGUCUCAGCCCGAAGGUGAGCAGCCGCGCCACGGAGGCAGGGAGACGGGAUAUGAGAGGCGUGCAUCUUCACAAUGAUAUUCAAGCAGGCAGCCGGAAUGAACCCCCCGCGGCGCCUUGGGAUCCGAAUGCUUUUCCGGCGAUCAUCCACUGCACGCGUCUCCCUGUCGAUCUCCCAACACUCUCCGUCCUUGCCUGGCAGCCUGGCAGCCCUGGGACCAGAUUCCAGGCUAAGAGCCUCGGCGAGCGUUGCCCUAAUUUCCGGUCGUUGUCGCCACACCAACCAGACCAGCUGACCAGAUAGGGGCAAUAUCAGGCACCUUCUUUUCUUCUCAUGGCGUUCAAUUCAUUUUGUCGUCUGCAUUGGAGCAGCAGGUCGUACCACUCGGCAUUUGAUGAAGUCAAUGACUCAAAUGCGAGCCCAGUGCGCUUGACCGGAAGGGGGAGGUCGAGUUGGCGGCUGCGCCGAGCGUAUUAAGCGCCGUUCAAUCUCGGCGGAUUGCCCCUCUUCUCCAGGCCAUCAAGAAGGAAGCUAAAUCUGAGCCUAAUUCGACCGCCACAGGCCGGACACGCACCAACAACGUGCUAUCAGACAUCACAGGAAACGAAACGAAACGACACGAACUGUUGACAACAACCAGAGAGCCGAGCUAUAUUCCGGCCCGGCCGUGCAUCAACCCACACGACUGUGGUCGCAAAGCACAACGCCCUGGGUAGCGGUUCCUGGAGAGGAGCCUCGAUCAGUGGAGAUGUCCAAGGCGGGAACCCUUUGUCAAGCAUUGGGAAGUCCUGCAACAGACUGGUCUAGCACUCACUCACCUUCCUCAUUGUCCAAACUCUGGGAAUUAGCCUGUCAUUUAUGAAUCCUUGUCCCCACCUUCUCGAAAACUCUCCAGCUUGGCCAUCGCACCGAGUGCACGACUGCCUGCCUGCCUGGGCAAAGGCCGUGUGGAAAGCCAAGCUUUGCCCAGGGCCGCCGUCGAAAACUACCCUCGAGGUAUCUGAUAUGGCUCCUGACCCUGCACCCUGCUUGCCUGCACAUCUUCCCAAUCCCGUCCAACGGAUCUUC